AUGCUUCCAUUCAAUCACAGCUUUUUCGGGACUCCCCUCAUUCCACCCGGGCUUCGUCUUCUCCCGGGAGUUGUUCCAACAGUGCCCUAUUCAUUGGCUCAACAAACACAAAUGUUCCAGGCGCAAGCACAGGUAAUGUUCCAGGCGCAAUCACAGGUUAUUGCGGCGGCUCGAGCACAACAACAAGCGGCGUCGACUACUCCACAGCCGAUGCUUGUGCCGACUGGAAUGGGUGAUGCGGCUGCUGCAGGGAUGGGCGGUGAUACAUCGGCUAGUCCAAGAGCUGAUUCACCGUGGACCGCUCACAGGGCAGAGGAUGGUCGAACAUUCUACCACAACAAAAUAACGAACAAGUCGACGUGGAUAAAACCCGAUGAGUUGAAAACACCAGCUGAGAGACUAGUGACUGGCAAAUGGAAAUUGGCGAUGAGCGAGCAGGGAAAGCCGUACUACUACAACACUGAGACGAAGGAAACCACGUGGACAAUGCCGGAAGGUUUUAACGACGCUGGAGGAACGCCGUCUACUGCUGCUGCGACAAUCAGCCCACCAAAUCCGCAAAGGAUUCCAAUGCCGGGCUCAUCGAUGGAACCAGUGACGGUGAAAGAAGAAGUGAAAACGGAAAUGGACGACAUCGACAAAGCAAUCCAGGCAACGCUGGCCGCUAAUUUGGACCCAAUCCUACCGCCUGAGGCACCGAAACCCAGAACCGACGUUCCGUUAAUGGAUGAAGAACAAGAGCUGAAAAAGCGACAGGCUAAUGUUUUUCGCGAGCUCCUUCGGAUCAAAUAUGAUGAAGGCAAGAUCUCGUCCACUGAUUCGUGGGAUCAUGCCGUGAAAUUUAUUGGCUCGGAUCCACGUUUUAGAGUUCUUCAAAAGGUCAGCGAGAAAAAGCAAGUGUUCAAUGCGUGGAAAGUACAAAGACAAAAGGAAGAAAGGGAUGAAAAACGAUUAGCUGUGAAGAAAGCGAAAGAGGAUCUCGAGAAAUGGUUGCAAGAGCAUCCAAAAAUGAAGACAAAUAUCAGAUAUCAAAAAGCUAUGGAAGUUUUCGAUAAAGAGCCAAUCUGGAAAGCGGUUUCCGAUGCGGAUCGUCGUGAUAUCUUUUCUGAUGUUCAGACAUUUGUUCACAAACGAGAGGCGGAGUUUGCUGAGAAAACGAGAAAGAGAAAUAUUCAGGCCUUGUCCGAUAUUCUUGAUGGAAUGCGUGACAUCACCUAUCGAACCACCUGGGCCCAGGCGCAACGAUUGUUGAUUGAGAAUCCCGCCUUUGCUGAUGAUGUCACACUGCAAAGUAUGGAUAAGGAGGAUGCGUUGAUUGUCUUUGAAGAUUUCAUCAGAAACGCCGAGAAAGUUCAUGAUUCGCAAAAGGAAGUCGAAGAGCGACGAUUGAAACGACAAGAGCGCAAAGUGCGCGAAGCUUUUCAACAGUUUUUGGAGGAAUUGCACCAGAAAGGUGUUCUUCACUCAAUGUCACUCUGGUCAUCACUAUAUCCGACGAUCUCUCCCGAUCCACGCUUUGAUGCAAUGUUGAUGCAAUCGGGCAGCACACCACUUGAUUUGUUUAAGUUCUAUGUCGAAGAGUUGAAAGAACAAUAUUCGGAACAUCGCCGAAUCAUCAAGGACAUUCUCACCGAUCAAGGAAAGAAUGUGAAGAUAGACACAGCCUACGAUCAAUUGGUCGAAUGGAAGGCUGAACAACGGGAAAAAGAAUUGGAAAGAGAAGAACAACGAAAAAAGAAGAGAUUUGAGGGAGAAUUCAGAAAUUUGUUACGUUCGAUUCAACCGCCUGUCGAUGCCCAAACCGAAUGGGCGUCGAUUUUGCCAAAGAUUGAAAACGAGAGCGCAUUCAAAGCGGUUGAUCCCGAGCUGCGUGAGAAAUGCUUUGCCGAUUUCAUUCAACAACUCGGCGAAUCAUGUGGCCAUCAUCAUGGCGGAAAGAAGAAAAAGAAGGAAAAGAAGAAGAAAGCCGACAGUGGAUCGGAAAGUGACGAGGAGAAGCCGAAGAAACGAAAGAGAACAAGAGAUGGAGAUGAUGAUGAUGCUGAAAGAUCGGAAAAGAAGAAGAAAAAGAAGUCUCGGCGACACUCGCGAAGUCGAUCGAGAAGCGGAAGUGACGAUGAUGAUAGACGGAAACAAAGGGGCUCCGAGCAUUUGUUCACGAAACGAGAAGCGGAUCUUGCUGAGCAAAUCUCCGAUCGAAUCACCUCGACGCCGCAAGCAUUCUUGAUGGAGAAUCCCACCUUUGCUUUUGUUGAUGUUGAUGAUCGU